CACAUGUCUCAGUUUUAUGGACUCCCAGCCCUUGGUGAUUUUGAUAAAAAGCCAUGUAUCCUCUCUCUAAAUUUGGGCAUGAGUGGAACAUUCACAAGAAUGUCUUGAAUCCGAGCCCCUGGGAUGGAGCGGGGGAGGGGGAGUUCCAGUGCUGGGCUGUUGGAUGGGGACUGGAGCAGCUCAGUAUCCAGCCGCGGAGGACGAGGCACACACCUGAGGGUUCCUAUUCUACAACACCAGGGCUUCUUCUCUCCCUCCUUUAUCCUCACAGCCGUGACUACUCUUUCUGCUUAGGUCUCCAUCUUCUCUUUACAACCAUGUCCAGGGUGGCCAGGCUCCGGCGGCAUGUGAGCGAAGACCCCGACAUAGACAACUUGUUGUCCACCUUGUCCCCUGAGGAGAUGGAGCAGCUGGAGAAGGAACUGGACGCCGGGGACCCCGAUGCCGGGCAGUCUGCGGGACUGAGCCGGGACCAGACAGAGCGGGCAUCCAGUCAGCGGGAGGCGGAGAGGGAGAGCCAGAGGCUGGCACAGGCGGCACCUCAGAGUGGCAAAUCUUCAGAAAAAGAAGACAAGGUAAAAGAGACUCGUAAAAAAGACCCUGCUCCAACUAAAAAACUGGAAGAUGCAAAUGACACCAAAACAAGGGCAAUAAAAGAUACAGUAAAACCAAAGGAUGAUCGUGUCAGCAAAAUGAGGGAACGGUUUAGACAAGAGAAAAGCAGUAGUGUAGCAGAUAAAGAAAAAGUAGAAAAAACUGCAUCCAAAAAGCUUGAUGAAGAGAAAGGUCCAAAAGAAGUAAAAAAGGAUAAAGCCGAGAACCUAGCUACUGAAGAGAAAGUGGAGAAGAAGAUUGCAGAAAAAAUUGAGAAGAAAGAAGUUGCAGAGGUACAAGCUGAAAACAAACUGGACAAGAAAAAAAAUACAGACAAGCUUCCCGAGAAAAAAGAGAAAUCAGAGAGUGUCCAAGCAAGUAAAAGCAUUACUCAGGACAGUAAAGCAGCUGAUCAGGAAAAGAAAAAUAUGCGGACCACAGAGCCACAACGAGCUGAAAAUGGAUCUAAGAACACAACAGAAGAGAACAAAGAUGAUGAAUCAUCAAGUAUUUUUGAUGAACUGCUAGAAAAAGUGAAAAAUAAUGAAGCUGAGCUAACAGAGCUCAACCUAAACAAUUCAGAUUGUAUUACAAUUGAGACACUUAUGAGCUUUACGGAGGCCUUAGAAUUUAACACUGUGGUCAAAAUCUUUUCUUUGGCCAACACACGAGCUGAUGACCAUAUUGCAAUGGCCAUUGCUGCCAUGUUAAAGUCCAACAAGACAAUAACUAGCAUCAAUCUGGACUCCAACCACAUCACAGGUAAAGGCAUAUUAGCCAUAUUCAGAGCUCUGCAGCACAAUGACACACUUACUGAACUUCGUUUCCACAAUCAGCGACACAUAUGUGGUGGGAAAACUGAGAUGGAAAUAGCAAAGAUAUUAAAAGAAAACACUGCCAUCUUAAAACUUGGAUACCACUUUGAACUGGCAGGGCCACGCAUGACUGUUACUAACUUGCUAAGCCGCAACAUGGACAAACAAAGGCAACGAAGAAUGGCAGAGCAGAAAGCAUUAAAAGAAGCAGAGAACAAGAAGAAUUGUUUAGAAGUUCCCAAAGUAAUCCCUCCUCCAAAAGAGCCUCCCAAAUUAUCAGGAAAGCUAGCGGUCAACAAUCCCCAAAAGAGUGCUUCAAAAAAAGGAGGAGCGCCUGUGCCUCCUCCACCUCCUCCACCAAUGGCUCCUCUGGCACCACCACUUAUUAAUGAGAACAUUAGAAACUCAUUGUCUCCUGCUUCACAGAGGAGAAUAGUAGAAAAGCCUGGGCAUGCAGAGAAGAACACAAGAGAUAAGCUUCUUGAAUCAAUUAGGUCCAGCAAUAUUAAACAGCUUAAAAAGGUGGAAGUGCCCAAGUGGCUGAAGUAAAUAAAAUAAAGGAUUAUCAAAGUGAUUUUUUUUUGUGCUGAACAACAUAUUUGCCUUGUGCUUCUGAAUCCACAUCUGUUAUUGCAGCAAUAAUCCAAAUUGCCUUAGGGCCCGACUGUGGUCUUUCCUUGCCUACAUUCCUAAUGAAAGCAUUUUUGUAUUAUAUCAACAUGACUGGCUGUUUACAUAUCCAUUUUGUCAACAUGUAGACUCAACUUUACCUACUGGGAAUUGGAUAAUAUAGUUUACAUCACUCUUACUGGGAUCAAUGAGGGAUCAGUGAGGAAUGGGAAUCUCUCAAGCACUUUUCUACAGCGGGAUACUAUGUACACUAUAUACAUAAUAAGUUGCAUACUGCUGAAGCCCAUUUUGAAGGUCUCUUUUUGCUAUUGUUCAACCGAUUCCCCAAUAUCACAAUCUUUGUAGUUUGUCAGCAAAAUAUACAAACUUUUCCAUUAUACUAUACUACCCACAAUAAAUGGUAAAACACAACAAUAAAUUGUUAAAGAAAACAGUUUUUCCCUAUCACCUAGUACAGUGGUCUUCAACCUGCGGCCCUCCAGAUGUUGCAAAACUACAACUCCCAG